AUGGCCACAGAAUCAGACCCAACAGAAAAUUCAAUCAAUGAAGAAGUAAAUGCAGAGCAUAUACUGAACCAUGCCGAGAGGAUCAUUCUCAGCAUCUUCCUGGCCACUCUCAUCAUCAUGACUGUCCUCGGCAAUCUCCUGGUGAUGGUGGCGCUGUGUAAAGACCGACACCUGAGGAAAAAGAAGACCAACUACUUCAUUGUGUCAUUGGCAUUCGCUGACCUCCUGGUGGCACUGGUGGUCAUGCCGUUUGCAGCCAUUGAGCUGACCACAGGUAGCUGGAGGUAUGGAGAGACAUUCUGCUUAAUCCGCACUUCGCUGGACGUCUUGCUGACUACUGCAUCCAUCCUACACCUGUGCUGCAUUGCUCUUGACAGGUACUACGCGAUUUGCUGUCAGCCUCUGGUGUACAGGAAUAAGAUGACGCCCAUAAGAGUGGCUCUGAUGUUAGGGGGAUGCUGGAUCAUCCCAUCCUUCAUCUCCUUCCUUCCCAUAAUGCAAAGCUGGAAUGCCAUUGGCAUUGAAGACUUAAUUGAAGAGAGGAAGUUCAGCAGCACCACUAAUGAGACCUAUUGUGUCUUCCUGGUGAACCGUCCAUAUGCCCUAAUAUGCUCUGCAGUAGCUUUCUAUGUGCCCUUGGGGCUCAUGGUCCUGGCAUACCAGCGGAUCUACGUGACCGCCAUGGAGCAUGCGCGGCAAAUUGGGACACUUCAGCGGGCGGGGUCUGCGCCCGAACACUACUUUGGCCCAGACCACCAAGGCUCCAGCCGCAUGAAGAUCGAGACCAAAGCGGCCAAGACCCUGGCAGUCAUCAUGGGCUGCUUCUGCCUCUGCUGGGCGCCUUUCUUUGUCACCAACGUGGUGGACCCUUUCAUCCAGUACAGCGUGCCCUGGCAGAUGUGGACCGCCUGGCUGUGGCUGGGCUACAUCAACUCGGGCCUCAACCCCUUCCUCUACGCCUUCCUGAACCGGGCUUUCCGCCGGGCCUUCCUCAUGAUCCUGUGCUGCGGGGACGAGCGCUACACCCGCCACGGGAGCUUCGGCCCUUCGCGGCCCUAUUCCGGCUCCGUCAACGGGACAUCCAUCGCGCUCAGAUUAUCUUUUCUGCCCAACCGGAGCUACAGUGACAACGGCCGGCGGAUUCUGUCCAGUGAGCUGGAAUCUCAGGAGUCCGUUGGCGGACCCUAG